AUGGCGUCGAUUCGACGCUACCGCGAGACGCGCCGCGCCGCGCGGGGGACGUCGCCGCGAGAGACGCGCCGGCCGCCGCCGCCGCCGAUCGCGCCCGCCGCGGAGGAGAUCGCGGCGUCCGCGUCGAGGUAUCGCUACGUGCGCGGGGGCGCGACGACGCCGAAGAGCGACGCCGCGGAGGAGGAGACGGAGGUGCGUUCUAUACACUGGUCUCCAUACGAUCGCGUCGGCGUGGUGAACGCCGUUCCUUAA